CCGGGGCUCGUUUGUUUGCGGAAGUAGGAGGAGGUUCAAGCGCUGAGUAAGGCGAGGUUCCCAGAGGCCCCAGGCCAGAGGACAGUGCUGGUGGGCAGCGCCCUGGGUGCCGUGGUGAGGUGGGCAUGGGAGAGCGAGCCCAGCUGACCGGAGACCCCGUUCUCUUCCAGACGGAGGGGGAGGGCAGGGGGCCCCCCCCCGCCCGGCAGAGGGAUGCAGUUCUUCGGCCGCCUGGUCAACACCCUCAGUAGCGUCACCAACCUGUUCUCCAACCCCUUCCGCGUGAAGGAGGUGAGCGUGGCCGACUACGCCACCAGCAGCCGGGUCCGGGAGGAGGGCCAGCUGGUUCUGUUCCACAACGCGCCCAACCGGACCUGGGACUGCGUCCUGGUGAACCCCAGAAACUCACAGAGUGGAUUCCGGCUCUUCCAGCUGGAGGUGGAGGCGGACGCGCUGGUGAGCUUCCAGCAGUACAGCUCGCAGCUGCCGCCCUUCUACGAGAGCUCGGCGCACACGCUGCACGUCGAGGCCCUGCAGCACCUGACCGACCUCAUCCGCAGCCACCCCGGCUGGUCGGUGGCGCACCUGGCCGUGGAGCUGGGCAUCCGCGAGUGUUUCCACCACAGCCGCAUCAUCAGCUGCGCCAACAGCCGGGAGAAUGUGGAGGGCUGCACCCCACUGCACCUGGCCUGCCGCAAAGGCGACAGCGAGAUCCUGGUGGAGCUGGUGCACUACUGCCACGCGCAGCUGGACGCCACCGACAACAACGGGGAGACGGCCUUCCACUACGCCGUCCAGGGCGACAGCUCCCAGGUGCUGCAGCUCCUAGGGAAGAACGCCUCGGCCGGCCUGAACCAGGUCAACAACCAGGGCCUGACCCCGCUGCACCUGGCCUGCCAGAUGGGCAAGCAGGAGAUGGUGCGCGUGCUGCUGCUGUGCAACGCGCGCUGCAACAUCCUGGGCCCCACCGGCUACCCCAUCCACACGGCCAUGAAGUUCUCCCAGAAGGGGUGUGCCGAGAUGAUCAUCAGCAUGGACAGCAACCAGAUCCACAGCAAGGACCCGCGCUACGGGGCCAGCCCGCUCCACUGGGCCAAGACCGCUGAGAUGGCGCGGAUGCUGCUGAAACGGGGCGGCGACGUGAACAGCACCAGCUCGGCCGGGAACACCCCCCUGCACGUGGCCGUGAUGCGCGACCGCUUCGAGUGCGUCAUGGUGCUGCUGACCCACGGGGCCAACGCCAACGCCCGCGGGGAGCACGGCAACACCCCGCUGCACCUGGCCAUGUCGAAAGACAACGUGGAGCUGGUCAAGGCGCUCAUUGUGUUUGGGGCAGAAGUGGACACCCCUAAUGACUUUGGGGAGACGCCGGUAUUCAUGGCCUCCAAGGUCCACAAAGUGGUCACCAGGAGGGCACUCCUGACUCUGCUGAGAACCGUGGGGGCCGAGAGCCGCAGCCCCCUCAGCCAGGCCGGGCCCUCGGAGCAGGGCUCCGCCACCACGCUGCACCCCUUCUUCUCCCUGGAAAAGUCGCAGCCCCCGCCAAUCAGCCUAAGCAACCUCGAACUCCAGGACAUCCUGCACGUCUCGCGCGCCCGGAAGCCGGCCUUUCUGCUGAGCUCCAUGAGGGACGAGAAGCGGAGCCGCGACCACCUGCUGUGCCUGGACGGUGGCGGCGUGAAGGGGCUGGUCAUCAUCCAGCUGCUCAUCGCCAUCGAGCGCGCCUCGGGCAUCGCCACCAAGGACCUGUUCGACUGGGUGGCGGGCACCAGCACGGGCGGCAUCCUGGCCCUGGCCAUCCUGCACAGCAAGUCCAUGGCCUACAUGCGCGGCGUGUACUUCCGCAUGAAGGACGAGGUGUUCCGGGGCUCGCGGCCCUAUGAGUCGGCGCCCCUGGAGGAGUUCCUGAAGCGAGAGUUUGGGGAGCACACGAAGAUGACAGAUGUCAGGAAGCCUAAGGUCAUGCUCACAGGGACACUGUCUGACCGGCAGCCGGCCGAGCUCCACCUCUUCCGGAACUACGAGGCCCCCGAGACCGCGCGGGAACCCCGCUACAACCAGAACGUCCACCUGAAGCCCACGACACACCCGUCAGACCAGCUCGUAUGGCGGGCAGCCCGGAGCAGUGGGGCGGCCCCCACCUACUUCCGGCCCAACGGGCGUUUCCUGGACGGCGGGCUGCUGGCCAACAACCCCACGCUGGACGCCAUGACCGAGAUCCACGAGUACAACCAGGACUUGAUCCGCAAGGGCCAAGGCAGCAAAGUGAAGAAACUGUCAGUCGUCGUGUCCCUGGGGACGGGGCGGUCCCCCCAGGUGCCUGUGACCUGCGUGGACAUCUUCCGCCCCAGCAACCCCUGGGAACUGGCCAAGACGGUUUUCGGGGCCAAGGAACUGGGCAAGAUGGUGGUGGACUGUUGCACAGACCCCGACGGACGCGCCGUGGACCGGGCACGCGCCUGGUGUGAGAUGGUGGACAUCCAGUACUUCAGGCUGAACCCCCAGCUGGGCACGGACAUCAUGCUGGACGAGGUGAACGACACGGUGCUGGUGAACGCGCUGUGGGAGACCGAAGUCUACAUCCACGAGCACCGCGACCAGUUCCAGAAGCUCAUCGAGCUGCUGGUCUCGCCCUGAGCCGCAGACCCCUCCCCGGGGACCCUCCCCGGCCCCGCCCUGACCGCGGGGACACCGACCCCACGUCCAACACUACAGGUGCCGGGAACGCCCAGCCCAGCCUCCCGGAGGCGCGGGGCAGAGGCGGUGGCGCCGGGCGCAGCUCGGGCGU